ACACUUUUUUUAAAAGUAAAUCAAAAUGGUGCGUCAUAACAAUCAGCUACCGAAUAAUCUUACCCAAUUGCAAAAUCUAAUCAAAAGAGACCCUACAUCGUACAAAGAUGAAUUUCGACAGCAGCUCGCUCAUUUUGAGACUACUCUCGAAAUAUUUAACCUGAAUCCGACGCAGUACAAUAAGAAGUUGGACGAACAGGCGAUGUUCCUUGCCCAAGUAACUCAGUGCUAUCAAAAUGAGAUGAAAAACUUUCCACAGAAAAUAGUUGAUGUGUUGAAAACUCAUAACACCACGUUACACAAUGAUAUGCGCUUAUCUCUCUGCAAAUGUUUAAUCCUGUUAAGAAACAAAAACUUCAUUUCCGCAUUUGACCUGCUUGAAAUAUUUUUCUCUUUGAUAAAAUGUCAAGACAAGAAUUUAAGGGAAUACCUCAAAACUCAUAUAAUAACAGACAUCAAAAAUUUGAAUAUGAAACACAAAGAUAUGAAACUUAACACAACUCUUCAAAACUUUAUAUUUUCUAUGUUGAAAGACUCCAACACUAAAACUGCUAAACUGUCAAUAGAUAUCUUGAUUGAACUGUACCACAAAAAUAUAUGGAAUGAUAACAAAACUGUUAACAUCAUUGCUGAGGUUGGAUGCUUUUCUAAAAUAAUGAAGGUAAUGGUGGCAUCUCUCAAGUUCUUUUUAAGUAAAGAAGAGGAGGAAAAAGAAGAGGAAGACAGUGAUGAUGAGGUUGAUCCCAAGGAGACAAUGAUGUCAAACAAGUUCAAUAAAAAGACCAGGAAGAGAGAAAAAAUGGUUCAAAAGGUAAAGAAAACAGCAAAGAAGAUUAAAAAGAGGAAGGAAAAAGCACCUGUGUUCAACUUCUCUGCCCUACACCUUGUCAACAAUCCACAAGGUUUUGCAGAAAAAUUAUUUAAACAAGUUGAAGCAUCAAAUGAUAGAUUUGAAGUUAAAUUGAUGACUUUAGAUGUUGUGUCUAGAUUGAUUGGAUUACAUGACCUCUUUCUUUUUAACUUCUACCCAUUCAUAGCGAGGUUGCUGAUGCCUCAUCAGAGGGAGGUCACAAGAAUAUUGCAGUUUGCCGCACAAGCGGCACACGAACUCGUGCCACCGGAAGUCAUAGAGCCAGUAAUGAAGGCCAUUGCAAACAACUUUAUCACGGAGAGAAAUUCCACCGAUGUAAUGGCAGUAGGACUUAAUGCUGUUCGUGAAAUUUGUGCCAGGUGUCCACUAGCAAUUAAUGAGGAUUUAUUGAGAGAUUUAGUUCAAUACAAAUCCUACAAAGAAAAGUCUGUAAUGAUGGCUGCGAGAUCAUUAAUACAACUGUACAGGCAUUCCAUGCCUACGUUAUUACAUAAAAAAGACAGAGGAAGACCAUCCGAAGCGUCUUUGGAAUUGAAGACAAAACAAUAUGGUGAGAUGGAAAUUAAGGACUAUAUUCCAGGUUCAGAAGUACUGCUCGAAAAAGAAGAAAUAAAAGAGAAGGGUAAGAAAGCAAAUAAAAAAGGAAAAGUAAAGAAUGAUGACAGUGAUGAUGAAUGGGUUGAUGUAGCUUCAUCAGACUCAGAAAUAAAUAUAAGCGACAGUGAUGAAGAUGAAGUAAGUGAUGAAGAACAAUCUGAAAAAGAAGAAAAUGAAGAAGAGAAUGAUGAUGGUUCUGAUGAAAAUGAGUCAAAUGUAGAAGACCAAACUGAAACAGAGAAAAAUGAGACUCCCAGUCAAAAUAUAGAGAGUAAAGAAAAUACUAGAAAGGUUCUAAAGGCAAAGCGUUCUGUAACUAAAGAAGAAAGGGAAGAGAAAAUCAAAGUAGCUCGAGAGAUAGCUAUGGAUAAAAUAUUUACUGAUGAAGAUUUCAAACGUAUUGAGGCUGCUCAACUCAAAAAGCAUGUCAGUGGUGUAAAACGUAACAGAAGUGUAGUAGAAGAAGAAAAUGAGUCAACUGAACUUGUACAAUUAUCAGCCAUAGAGAACAUUCACAAAAAGCGGAAACACGAUAAAUCUGCUAGACUUGAGUCAGUACUAAAAGGACGAGAAGAAAGGGACAAGUUUGGAUAUAAGGAUAGAAGAAAGAAUGUUAACUGUUCAAAAACUAACAGGGAGAAAAGGAAAACCAAAUCCUACCAGAUGAUCAAACAUAAAGCAAAAGGGAAAAUUAAAAGAUCAUUUAAAGAUAAACAAAUUGCUUUCAGGAAUUAUUUAAUAAAGCAAAAGAAAAUGCGUUAAAUUA